UAUACACUUCAUAAUUUUAGUGGGUCGGGUCGGGUCGGGUAGUGUAUAGUCUGGUUAAUAAAGCAUAGACAGUGAACUGGAAAUCUUGCUCUGAUAAGUUAAAUCGCUGUAUCACAAUGGCGUCAGCUGAUAUACCAUCUGGUGCAUUAGUUAUUUUACAAGAAUUCAACUCGUCUUCACCGCACUUCAAGCAAGGGGCAUCCCUUCGUGUUACAGGAAAGUUACAAAAGUAUAGUGUAGAGACGGCCAUUGCUAUUAUUGCUGAUGGAAGUGCCACCCUGGCAGUUGACACCCAACACUUAAGACUUGAUCUUCAUGUGGGAUCUCUUUACCAGUUCAUUGGAGAACUUUGGAUUCAACCAAGUAAUGAGGGGAUAUUGAAAGCAAGAGUGGGUAGAAAUGUUGACGGGAUGGACCUUAAUUUGUAUCAUGAGUCUCUCAAGCUCCUAAGACAAUUCCAAUCCGAUCAAACCAGUCAUUUGGCGCAGUUGCAAUGAGCAAUCACGAGACCAUGGUAAUCUAGAAUUUCUAUGAAAUUAAAUAUGUUAAAGUCAAGUGUCGUAAACAGUGUCUAAAAUCAGGCAAAUAAUGCGUACAAUGAAUGACACAUGUAUUACAUUCUUUAUCAAUGUUAAUCAUAAUCUUUUAUCA